UCGUAAGGGGUAGUUUCGACCUUUCAUCAAAACCCUCGGCCGCAUAAGAUUCUUCUUCUUCUUCCUCCUCUUCGAUUUUCUAGGUUAACCAGAGACGAGAGCGAGGGAAGGAGAGAGAGAGAUGAGGUUGAUAACGCACAACAUGCUCUCCUGCAACAUCAAAGGAGUCACGAACGGCUUUCCUCUCAAGAUCGAAGCUGAGAAAGUAGUCGAGAAGGCGGUCGAUUUCAACCCUGAUUUUCUGAGGCACAUGUUCGCCAAGAUCGAGUGGAAGGCUCUCGUGGAAGCUGCCCGUUCCAUGGGAUACGCCGAGCUACCGGUGGAUUCUCCAGACGCAACGGUGAUCGAAUCCGCCGACGAGACGUUCCUGAGGAAACUCCACCACGCGUUGCUCGAGCUUCACCUAGAGGAAGGCGCGCUUGUCUGCCCCGAGACUGGGAGGAAGUUUCCGGUUAACAAGGGUAUCCCCAACAUGCUUCUCCACGAAGACGAGGUUUAAUUGAAUUUAAUCAUCUUUCGAUUUUAAAUGUUUUGUUACGGUUCUUGAAUUGAGUAAACCGUUUGGGUGUUUUAAUAUUCUUAAUCUCUGUUAAACCGGUUUAAUUAGAUUUCACUCUGAUACUUAAACGAU